GUGGGUCGGAGGACUGCGCCUGCGCGGCGGCGGCGGCGCGGGAGGACCAACCGGCGGGAGGCCGGCGGAGCGUGGAACGGCUGCUGACCGGUCCUGGGUCAGUGAGGAGCCGUCGCCCGGCAUGGCCUGCGUUCCGGUGCGCUCACGGGUGUCCACCCCGGCCAGGUCCCGACGCCUGCCUUCGCGUGGACCCACAGCUGUAUGAGUGCGAGGCCCCGGCGUGGUGCCUGCGGCCCACACAUUUCCUCGCGGGCAAGGUUUUCUAUCAGAUGUUCCACAGUAAUAAUGCUGGAGUCAAGAAGUCUUCAUUCCUUUCCUCCAAAUCAGAGCAGUUUGUUCUCUGUAUAUAGAAAUGGAGUAAUGUUUAAAGACAACUGGCAACUGGUGGAUGUUUAAAACUGAAGAUUAUAAUAACCUAAGCUCUAUGCUGAAGUAAGAUUAAUUGCAGUGCAAAUACCAAUUUGGGGCAAUCCAAAUCUAUUACUGGAACCAUGAAAGUUUUGUUGGUGUUUGACUUCGACAAUACAAUCAUAGAUGAUAAUAGUGACACUUGGAUUAUACAAUGUGCGCCAGGCAAAAAGCUCCCUGUUGAGCUACAGGAUUCUUAUCAAAAAGGGUUUUGGACAGAAUUCAUGGGCAGAGUCUUUAAGUAUUUGGGAGAUGAAGGCGUAAAAGAAGAUGAAAUUAAAAGAGCAGUGACAUCAAUACCUUUCACCUCGGGGAUGAUAGAACUUUUCAACUUUAUAAGAAUUAAUAAGGAUAAAUUUGACUGCAUCAUUAUUUCAGACUCAAAUUCAGUCUUCAUAGAUUGGGUUUUAGAAGCUGCCAAUUUUCAUGAUGUCUUUGAUAACAUGUUUACAAAUCCAGCAGCUUUUGAUAGCAAUGGUCAGCUCACUGUAGAAAAUUGCCAUGCUCAUUCUUGCAAUAGGUGCCCAAAGAAUCUUUGCAAAAAUGUAGUUCUGGUAGAAUUUGUAGAUAAACAAUUACAACAGGGAGUGAGUUAUGCACGAAUUGUGUACAUAGGUGAUGGUGGAAAUGACAUUUGUCCAGUAACCUUUUUAAGUAAGAAUGAUAUUGCCAUGCCACGGAAAGGAUAUACUUUACAUAAAACUCUUUCCAGAAUGUCUCAAGAUCUUGAGCCGAUGGAACCCUCUAUUGUACUUUGGUCUUCAGGUGUUGAAAUAAUUUCUCAUUUACAAUUUCUAAUUAAAGAGUAAUGUGCCAACAAUUGAAAUAUGUAUUAGUUAAGAUUGGGCUCAGCAGCAUAAAACUAAAAUCCCCAAUAUCUCGUAGCUUUUUUAAAAUGUGAGGGUUUUUUGUCUUCAAAGAAUUCCAAUGAUUUUUUUUUUUUGAGGCUAUUUUGUUGCUAAACCAACCUCAGCUAUUGAUUCCAACCCAUGAUCCAAGGUUGCUAUCCCAGCUCCAGUUCACAGUGAACAUUCUGGCCUCUUAAGAACCAGGGAAGUGCAGUUAUAACCCUUUAUUUAAGGAUAUUUUCCAGUUGUAUCGAACCCUUCUGGUAUCAUUAGCCCAAACCUAGUCCAAAAGAAAGGAAUGGAAGUACAGUUUUCAUUCCAGGUGAUCCUGUACCCAGGAAAACUGGAAAAAAAAAAAAGUGCAUAAUUGAGGUAAGUGCAAGUCAUGGUCUGUUCUAAGGGUGGUUGAUUGGUAAGCUAUAUGUAUUUUGUUUUCCUGUGGUCAUAUUUUACUCUCAGACAUUUAUUUCAAAAUAUGUCCAGCUGCCUGAUGUGCUCUUGUUCCAUCAGUAAGUCUCACAGAAACUUGAGUGUGUUCAAGAUUCAGCUUCUCCAUAAUGCACCACUAUGGCCCAGAAAGGCAUUGUUGUUGGAGGUGUAGUAGAUGUUAAUACUGUCUUACAAGAGGUUCUGAAGACUGCCUUCAUCCAAGAUGGCCCAGCAUGGGAAAUAUGCAAAGUUGCUAAAUCCUUAAGCAAGUGCCGACCCCAUCUUUGUACGCUUGAACUGUGAUGAGCCUAUGUAAAGAUGGUGGAGGAGCUUUGUGCUUUGAAUUAAAAAUCAACCAAAUUAAG